AUGGCGGCGUCAGGGCGGAGGCCCCGGCGGCUGGCCGACCUGAGCGUGGACGAGUUCCUGGCCGGCGGCUUCGGCUCAGAGCUGGACGGAGAUUCGGAGGACGAGGCCGUCCCAUCCCCGCCGCCGGACAAGCCGCGGAGCAGGGUGCCGCGGGCCCCAACGACGGGCUCCGGCCCGAAGGCGCCCGCCGAAAGGAGGACGAAGAAGGGCAAGGCGUCAGAGCACAAGGACCAGCUCUCUCGGCUGCGACAGCGGGAUCCCGAGUUCUAUAAGUUCCUGGAGGAGAAUGACCAGGACCUGCUUAACUUCGACGACUCGGACAGCUCCGACGAGGAGGAGAAGUUUCACACCCUGCCCAGCCAGCUGGAGGAAGCAAGCGAGGAUGGUGAUGAUGAUGAGGAGGAAUCCCAGGGCACCAAGAUCGAGUUUAAUGUGACCAUGAAGAUGGUGGAGCAGUGGAAACACACGGCAAAGCGCCAACUGACUCCCAGACUCUUCCAUGACAUCGCCCAGGCUUUCAAAGCCGCCGUGGCAACCACCCAAGGGGACAGCGAAGGGGCCGACACCGGCAAGCUCAAGGUAGUCGACGGAGCAGUGUUCAAUGCCAUCGUGACCUUCUGCAUCAAGGACCUUUUUGGCUGCCUGGAGAAGCUGCUUGAUAUAAAGCCAUCAAAGGACAGGAUCAAGCUGGCAGUCCCAUCCAACAGUCCGCUCUGGGGGAAGCUGCGUCUGGACAUCAAGAUGUACCUGGGCUCUGUCAUUCAGCUGAUGUCCUGCCUGACGCAGGCGUCCGUGGUGGCUGCCGUCCUCCACCACGUCAGCCACACCAUCGCCUACUACUUGGUCUUCCCCAAGCAGUGCCGCAAGCUGCUCAAGAGAGCAGUAGGGCUGUGGAGCACCGGGGAAGAGACGGUCAGGGUCCUGGCAUUCCUGGUUCUCAACAGAGCGUGCCGGCACAAGAAGGACACGUACCUGAACCCCGUCCUCAAGCAAAUGUACAUCUCACUGGUGAAGAAUUGCAAAUUCACCUCACCCAAUGCCCUGCCCAUGAUCAACUUUAUGCAACGCACCCUUGCGGAGAUGUUUGCACUGGACCCCAACACCUCCUACCAGCUCGCCUUCCUUUACAUCCGCCAGUUGGCCGUCCACCUGCGCAGUGCCAUGGCCAUGAAGAAGAAGGAGACGUACCAGUCGGUGUACAACUGGCAGUACAUCCACUGUCUGUACUUCUGGUGUCGCGUCCUGAGCUCGGUCCACCCCAGCGAGGUGUUGGCACCACUCAUCUAUCCGCUGACCCAGGUCAUCAUUGGCUGCAUUAAGCUGGUCCCUACUGCACGCUUCUACCCUCUGCGGAUGCAUUGUGUCCGGGCCCUGACGCUGCUGUCUGCCAACACCGGGACGUUCAUUCCCAUCCUGCCCUUCGUCCUGGAGGUCUUCCAGCAAGUGGAUUUCAACAAGAAGCCAGGGCGCAUAAGCUCUAAGCCCAUCAACUUUGCAGUCAUCUUGAAGCUGUCCAACGUCAACCUGCAGGAAAAGGCUUACCGGGACGGGCUGCUGGAACAGCUGUACGAUCUGCUGCUGGAGUACGUGCACAGCCAGGCCGCCAGCAUCGCCUUUCCGGAGCUCACCCUGCCCACCGUAUUACAGCUGAAGUCCUUCCUGAAGGAGUGCAAGAUUGCCAAUUACUGCAAGCAGAUCCGCCAGCUCCUGGAGAAGAUCCAGGAAAACUCAGCCUUCAUCUCCUGCCGCCGGCAGAAAGCUCCAUUCGGCGUGGCCAGCGCCCAGGCGGUUGAUGCUUGGGAGAAGCAGACCCAAGAGGAGGGGACGCCUCUUUCCCGCUACUACAGUCACUGGAGGAAGCUGCGGGACAAGGAGAUUCAACUGGAGAUCAGCGGGAAAGAGAGGCUGGAAGACUUGAACUUCCCCGAAAUUAAAAGGAGAAAAGUGGGGGAUCGCAAGGAAGAGGACCAGAAAGAGUUCAAGGAUCUGUUCGACUUGAGCAGUGACUCCGACAGUGAGGGCGAGGGGGCCUCCGGCCUUUCUUUGAAAGGAAACUCUAAGGGCCAACAUGAGCCAUCAGGGCUGAUCAGUGAUGAGGAUGACGACAGUGAUGAUGAGGAGGAGGAGGAGGAGGAGGAGGAGGAGGAGAACAGCUCAGAAGAGGGAGAGGAGGGGGCCCCCCGGCUGGCAGGGCGACGCAGGGGAGCCAGCUCCAGUUCCGGCCCGCAGCUUUCCCGGGCGGAUCUCCAGCAGCUGGCCGCCGGCGAGGACGACGUGGUGGAGGACCUGAGGGUCUCAGAGGAGGAAGAUUGAGGACGC